AUGCUCUCGCGUAUGGACAGCCCGUUGCCUGUGGAAUGGGUGCAGGGAGUUGUGUACGAAGCCAUUCAACUCGAAAAGCGUGCGCUGGAAGAGGACCUGGGACGCGAUCACCUAGGCAUAUCCGUUGAACGCGUUCACGGAUACGUCGACUACCUAGGCAACACUGUACUCCGCGCACUGGGCGUAGGCUCCGCGAGCGUUGAGCGGCUGAACAACCCGUUCUAUCCAUACGGUGGUGUCGCGUCGCAUGCCGAGAGCCGGCUCUUCGCGUCGAAGGAUAGCCCGCACUCGUUUUCAUUCAUGCUGUUGCAGUGGUCGAUCGGGGUGUGGGAAGGGUUGGGAUUGAAUGUCCAUAGAGCUGGGUACGCUCGAGACGGUGAAGACGACCCAGGUUCGCGAAAGCUCCAUUGA